CCUUGACAAAAAAGAAAAACAAAAAGCAGGAUUAAAAUCGACAGAAAAUCCUUUCCAAAAUUUAUUUUGUUCAUUCUAAUCGCCAAAGUAUACUCCAUUGGAUCGCCAAAACGUGCAAUUACAAUGGAACCAUGUAGAAAAGUUUUAAUUAGUUUUAGGAACAUUCUUUCCUGUUAAAAGUUCACAAAGUUUCUCUCUGUGGCGAAUUCGGUAACUAACACCGUUGUCUCUUUCUUCUUCUUUUUUUUUCCUUUUUUUUUUCUUUUUUUCAUUAAAUUUACCGAUCCAACCACCGAGUUUUCCCUACUUUCCAUAGACAUGCGAUUUCACUCGACGAGUUCACGAAUGCUUAUUUAUCAUCGAUUUACUUUUCUUUUUUCUUUCUUGUUAUAACGAAAUUGCUACCUCGAAUUGCACGAUUUAGUAUAAUUUAUAGAAUUUCAACGAGCACUUUAGAAUCAGAAAUAGCUUUUUUUAAUAGAAUAGAAGGUAUCGUAAUAUUUUCUUUUUUUUUCGAAUUUAUCAAUGAUCGAGAGAUCGUUCGCACCAGUGACCGAUCUGGCUACUUUAUCUGACUACAACGAUCAAUUUGAUUUCAUGACUCCAUGACAGUGUGACAUUAUUUUCAAAAAGAUACUACAAUAGCAGCGGAAAGUGGUAUUACCAGUACGAAAGUUAGGACAGUAUAUUCGUGGGUGAUAUCUUCCAGGUAGCUGCUUAAGCAUAUAUUGAUUGGUGCCAUUCAGUGCCUGGUAGUCGUUCAUGCUUCUUCUACUUGUAUUAUCUGAAGGCGAAGAACUCUUCAGGAGGGUCAUAUUAAUGCGUUGUUCUUUAAAAAUCACCUUUUGGAGUAUAGUGGGGUUAAGGGUUUUCCUCCAUGUGUUAUUUAGUUUUCAGUUCUUUCGCGAAUUUCUUACUAUGUGUUACGUUUUAAGAAUUAAUGGACAUUAUCCAAAAAUACUGGUCAGUUAACACCGAAAGGCCCGAUGGAAAGAAGAAGACCGCCAUUACUCAAAGGAACAAGUAAAAUAAAGGAGUCUGAACGAAAAACUAGUAAAAUGGAUCCUACAUAUAGUACAAUCAGUUGUCCUGGGGACGAUGAAGAAACACUUUCACCAGAAGCUUUAGUCAGACAAAAUUAUGAAUUACGACAUCGCUUGGAAGAAGAAGCAGCAAGUUAUAAAAGACGUUUAGAUACUUACAGACAAGCUCAACAACAUCAAGCUGCUCUUGUUUCUCGUUUGCAAGCUAAAGUUUUACAAUAUAAACAAAGAUGCUCAGAAUUAGAAAGUGUGAUGGCUGAAACUGCUGCAAUAGAUAAUAGUAAACUAUCUACUCAACCACAAGGUACAUCUGCAUUAGAUGUUGCACAUCAAACACUUAGAGAGAUGCGUGAAGAGCAAAUUCAUGAUUUAGAUACUGCAUUAAAAAAACUUGCAGAGGAGCGUAAAAAAUGUGAAAAAUUAUUAGAAUUAAAUACAUCUUUGAAAGAUCAAUUAGAAGAGACUAGUCAAACAAAUGAAGCUCUCACAAAUGAUCUUCAAAAACUAAGUAACGACUGGGAUAUUUUACGAGAAGAAUUGACCAUAAAAGAAGAAGAAUGGAAAGAAGAAGAACAAGCUUUUAACGAUUACUAUACUUCUGAACAUAACAGAUUAUUAAAUCUUUGGCGAGAUGUUGUGUCUGUAAAAAGACUAUUUGCAGAUAUUAAAUCUUCUACAGAUAGAGAUUUAUCAAAAUUAAAUAAUCAAAUUACAUCUGCUACUAACGAUAUUGUUUCUACCUGUAAUAAUACAAGUAUUUUUAUGAAGAUGCAAACAAGUAUAAUUCAACCGUCUGUAUCGCAACAAAUUCAAGAAUCACAGAUGGUUAUGGACGUAAAAUCAGAAAUGGGAUUACUUAAGCAACAGUAUGACGUUGCACAAAAUGAAAUUCGGAUGAAGGAUGAUAGAAUUAAUCAACUGAUUCGUGAAAUACAUGCAUUGGAAGAAAGAUGUGGAGAAGCAGAAGCACAAACAAACAAUAUAACGCGUAUGCAGGAAGAUAUAGAAAUUUUACAAAAUGCCUUAAGAGAUAUAGCUCAUACUGUUAUUCAAGAUGCUGAAACUCGUGACACUGAGAGUACGCAACCACCUCCACAUGUUCAUUUAUCACCUACUGGACCAAUUCCUCAAAGAUCGCCAAGACGUGGAGCGAGAGCUAAUACUAUACCAGCUUUUGCAGAGAGUACUAUUAGUGCCGUUCAAGCCGCUUUACAUAAAUAUCAAUUAACGAUACACGAUUUACAAGUGAAAUUGCAAACUCAUAAAGAGCAAUUAUCAUCAUUUCGUAAGCAAAGCGAAAAUGCAGAAGAAAAUGUACGAACUUUACAAGUUAAAAUUACAGAACUUGUUGGUGAAUUGGAUACAACACGUUCUCAAUGUACACAACUUGUAGAAGAGAAAGAAGUUUUACAUAAAAAUUUAGAUACUAUUAAAAUGGAAAAAAGUGUAUUAGAAAAAAAUAGAAUGGAAAUCAAUGCUAUGGUUGAAACAUUAAAUGCAGACUAUGAAAAAAUACAAAAGGCUAAUAAUAAAUUACAAAAAAUAUGUGAUAGUUUAGAAGAUGAUAAAUUGUAUCUUCAAGGUGAAUUGGAAAGAUUAUCAAAAGAUGCAGAAUUACGAGAAUUGAGUCUUCGUUCGGAGGAAAACAGAUGCAGCAAAAUGAGAGAAGAGCUUUUAACGCUACAAGAAGAAUUGAAUAAAACAUACUUAACAAAAGAUAUGUUAGAACAACAAAAAUUAGAGACAGAUGCAUUAAUCUCACAAAUAGAGAAAAGUAAAGGAGACAUUGAAUUAGAAUUGGAACAUGUAUUAUUAGAAAAAUCUGACAUAAAAGAAAUGUUAUUAAAAUUAGAAUCAGUUUGUUCAAAUCACGAGCAAGAUAAACAGAGAUUGCAAGAGGAAUUAAAAAAGACUAUAGAAGAGAAAAAUAAGCUUGCUAAUCAAUGUGCAGAUCAACAAGGAGAUUUAGGUUCUUUAAGAAAAGAAUUACUACAAGCAGAACAAACGCGUUUAGAUUUGGAAUCUGAAAAAGUUACACUUAACGAAAAAGUUAAAUUUUUAGAAAUUGAGAAGGAAAAAAUUGAAAUGGAAUUGAGUCAAGUAACUCGCGAACGUAGCGAUUUGAGCAAUCAGCUCUCUGUACUUGCACGAAAAAAAGAAACAUUGAACGAAGAAUUAAUGAGAAUAAGACAGAGAUUAGAACAAGCUAAUGAAAUGAAUUCAAGGAUUAAUAGAAGCUUGGAAGAUCUUGUAAAAGAUAACGAAGAAAAACAAGUACUUUUAGAAACCAAUGAAAAAGAACUUCAAAGAUUACAAGAACAAAUAGCUUCGGUACGUUCUGAAAAAGAAACAUUAGAGGGAGUUUUAUAUGAUACGCAAACUAAUUUAGAAUCAACGCAUAUAAAAAAGUCUCAAUUGGAAAAGGAACAAAAAGAAUUGUUAAUAAAGCAAGAAAGUUUAAAAGGACAUAUUGGAAGAUUAACUAAGGAUUUGGAGAAUAGUCAAAAACAAUCGCAGGAUAUCAAACAAGCUCUGGCACAACAAUGCUGCGACCAAGAAGCAAAUUUUCAACAAGCCAUUUUUAAUUUAAAAAAACAAAAUGAAGAAAAUGUUAAGAAAUUAAACGAGGAGAAGGAACAAUUAAAGAUAACGUUAGAAAAGAGAUUACAGCAAUCUUUAUUACAACUUGGCGGGGAAAAAAAUGAUGAGAUUAAUCAGUUGCAACAACGAGUUGAAGAAUUGCAACAGCAUAUUGAAAAUUUAUGUCAACAGCACGAAGAAGUUCUACUUAGGGCUGAGAACGAUAAACAACAAGCUCUCUUAAUUGCUCAUCAUGAUCAACAAGCACUGAUGGAGAAAUUAGAGAAUGCCUUGCGUGAUUUGGAAGAAGAAAAAGGGAAUUUGGAACGUUUAAAAAGAGAUACCUCAAUUCGUAGCGAACAGGAUCGUAAUAAUCUCAAUCAGUUACGCGAUAAUUUAAAUCGAUUUAAAACAAAAUUAGAUGAGACCAAACUGAAGGGAGAUGAAGAUAGAUUGAAGCUCGAAUUAAAAAUCGAAGAACUUUUGAAAGAACGUGAAUCCGUUCAAAAGGAGUCAGAAGAACUUAGAGUGCAAUUACAUAUGGCGGAAGAUAAAUUAGAUGGACUUCACAAUCAAUUGCAUGAGACUGUUAGAAAAUUGAAAGACACUGAAAAUGUUAAUGAUACGUUACGCAAAGAAUUGGUUGACGUUAGACGACAAUUAACAGAUUCAACAUUUGAAAAAGAAAAAUAUAAUACAAGUAACAAAGAAUUAAGAGAACAUAUUAAACGUAUAGAAGGUGAAAAACGUGAACAAGGAAGAGCGUUAGAGGAAACUUAUCAAAAAAUUGCAGCAUUAGAUGAUGCAAAAACGGCGAUGGAAGCAGAAAGAUCUCGUCUUCAAGUACAACUUCGUGAUAUGGAACGUGAUAUGUUACAAUUACAACAACAAUUUCGUCUCACGCAGGACGAGUUACAAAAGUCCAAUGAAAAUAAUGCACAAGCACAGAAUAACGAAAAGGAGUUACAAGCUAGAUUAGCGAAUGAAACGGAAGAAAGAGAACGUUUGCAACUUCAAUUGCAUCAAGUUAAAAAACAGGUAUUGGAUCUAGAUAAUAGUUUAGAAGUAACCAGACAGGAAUUAGGUAAAUUACGAUCUCGUGCAGACGAAGAGGAUGAAAGAUGGAGAUCUCGCGAGCAAGAAUUAUUAGUACGAUUGGAGGAUAGUCGUUGCCGUGAAAGAAAACUCGAAGAUCAAAAACACAAUUUAGAAGUUUGCUUAGCCGAUGCUUCUCAACAGAUUCAAGAACUUAAGGCACGUCUUGGAGGAUCCGAAGGGAGAGUAAGAGCUUUGGAUGCUCAAUUGUCUCAAUUAGAAGUUGCUAAAAAAGAAGUGGAACAGAAAUUGAGUAGCAUUGGUUUAACAUUACGUCGUAUCGCUGGUAUUCAAAUGGACGGUUCUGUGAAUAUGCCAUUUAAAUUAAUGAGCCCUUCGAGAAGAUGGAGUCCUGCAAGAGGACACGAACACGGUGAUUCUAGCAAAGAUAUCGUGAUCGAUGUUGAUCCAGAAGCUGUAAGAAGAGGCAUGAGAUCUUUGAUGCAACAAGUAGCACAAAUCGAACGUGAAAGAGAUGAUUAUAAAACCGAAUUGUGUAGUUUGAAAACACAACUUAGCGAGUAUCAAGAAAAUCAAACUAAAGUCGACGAAAGAUUGAAUAAUUUAUUAGCAAAUAUGAGGACUAUACAAGAGGAGAAAAAUUCUUUGGAAGCUAGAAUGUCACAGAGAGAAACGAGCCAUCAAAGCCAAAUGGAUAUGUUACAACAGAAAACGGACGAGUGCGAUCAACUCCGUGAGAAAGUAUUAAAUCUUGAAAUGAUCGUUAAUUCUGAUACAGAAGAAAAGAAUUUAUACGAAGAAAAAUUAGAGAAGAUGAAACAGACAUUGAACAGAAUGGAAAAUGAAAGACGUAAUUUACAAGAAGAACUUAAUAAGAGUGAAGCUCGUGCAACAAAGUUAGAAUUACAAAGAAUGUCGUUGGAAGGAGAUCUUCAAAGAUUACAAAUGAUGCUACAAGAGAGAGAAGCAAAUAUACAGAAAUUACAGGAUCGAUGCGAAACUCAAAAUCGUACUACUGCUGGUUUAGAGGAACGUUGUGCGUCGUUAAAAUCUACGAUAGAACAAUUGAAUCUUGCAUUGGAAAAAUCAUUCAACACGGAGAGUGAAUUGAAAAAUGAAAUUAAUAUUCUACAACGUAAUCUCAUGGAAACUACUACGUGUUCACAAAAUAAUAAUGAAAAAUUGAAACAGUUGCAGAAACAACUUUCAAAUACUGAAAAUGAACGUAGAGUCUUGGCCGAACGUUUGGAUUCUGUUCAACAAUCUUUAAGUGAUUUAAGACAUAUGAAUCAGAAUCUUCAAGAUCAAGUUGCCAGAUUGCAAACUGAAUUAGCUAAUAACGAAGUGCAACGAUCAGGAUUGGAGGCACAAUUAAGAUUAACUAAAUGGCCGCAAGAAGGGGGUGCGGAUAAAGACGAAGAUUUGAUGAGACAAUUACAAAUUGUUCAAAGAGAGAAAAGUGAGAUGCGAGGAAAAUUAGAUGCACUUAACGACAAGGUGAAGUUAUUAGAAACUGAAAAACGUACUCUGGAAAAUCAAGUAUCAACUUUGAAGUCUGUCGGUACUCGUAGUAAAAGUUACGAACGUCCUGAGAAAGCACAUAUCGAAUUAUUAGGCAGUUCUUACAGUUUUGACAAUUUGGAACAAGAAAAUAGAGAGUUAAGAUUGAAGAUUCGAAGAUUAGAAACGCAAUUGGCAGAGAAGGAAGCCGAACUAAUAAGAGCCAAAUCGAUCUAUACACAUUCACAUUCUAUAUUAGAAUCCAGUAGAGAUAGAACAGGAGAAAUAGAACGAUUAAGAGCAGCUCAAUUACAAGCCGAAAAAUUAUUAGAAGCGAGAGAGCAAAGUCAUCGUCAACAAGUUAUACGUCUUGAAAAUCAGAUUCAAUUAUUGCGAGAACAACUCAAUCAAGAAAUUAAAAGACGUCAAUUAUACGUUCUCAGAAGUUCACGAGCUGGUAGAGAAAUGCAACAAUUAAGACAAGCGUUGGGUGAUUCCUUAAGAACUGUAGCACAGGAUCCAUCUCUUGAUGCAGUACUUUUAGAACAUGAAGCUCGAAAAUUAGAUAGUACACUCACGAGUACAACUAGUUUACCGCCGUCAUUAGCAUUAGCUCCACCGUCAACAUAUGAUAGAUCUUCCACUCCAUCGCGAUUAGAAAAAACAUAAUUUUUGACUGAACAAAGAUUUAAAAACUGCCAUUAUUCAAGAGAAUAUAUUCAGGGGAAAUAGUUUAAUGAUCUUUCAUAUAUAUGGAACUGUUGUUUGAUAUUCUCACAAAUAGUUAUAAUUAGCCUUAGAUUUCUCUUUAGAAUGUAAUAUUCAUUGAUAUAGCUUACAUUCCAUUUAGGCAAUUUAUAACUUAACAAUGAAUGUCAUUCUUGUUGACAUUUUAUGAUUUUUGAAUAUAAUGAUUUUUAGAUGAGAAAAUUUUUAUUUAAAUGAACGUCACUUUGAUAAAUUAACUUUUUAUCAUAAUAUAUUAUGCUUCCACUAAAAAUGAGCUAAAAAUUACGUUAUUAACGAAAGAAAAUAUCACAUCACAAAUCAAUUGUUUUUGAAGAGUGUAUACAUAUACACAUACACACACACACAUAUGUAUGUAUGUUCUCAUAAGUUUACAACAUAAUAGAAUUUACAAUAUGCUAUUAGCGUGCGCUGAAAUCAAGAUUUUUAUAGCAUUAUUUAUAUUAUUACAUUUUUUAAU